CAAGGGACAGACUGGGAGCCCAGAGUCCCCAACUGCCUCCCUUCUCCCUGGCUCCCAACCCUCUCUACCCCCACCCCAAGCAGGAUGCAGUUUCCAUGACAACUUGGCUGGCCAGAAAGGGGGGCUGGGGACUGCAGAGGAAAUUUUCCACAUCAGCAGGAAGGGAGGAGGUAGAAAACAGAGAAGGAAGAGGCUGGGUAUAGUGGGGGCCAUGUGGGGUUCUGGAACCCCAAGUCGUUGUCUCCACUGCCCCAGGAUCCUCACCCCCAACCCCCAACCCCAGCAAACCUACACCCUCUCCACUAGGCCACUGUGGGGAAGGGAGAAGGUUCUGGAGAGGAUCAAGGGUCAAAUGUCCAAAGAUCAGCCACUGCCCAGUCCUCGAGGGGAGGGGGCAGCGAGCGGCUGACCAAGCUCAGGCCUCUCGCAGACCACCAGAUUCAAGGACAUGGCUCUCGACCGGGUCCCAAGGAGGGUAGGAGUGGUGGGCUACGGCCGCCUUGGCCAGUCCCUUGUUUCUCACCUGCUGACUCAGGGACCAGAACUGGGCCUAGAACUUGUUUUUGUCUGGAAUCGUGACCCAGGGCGAAUGAAAGGGAGUGUGCCCCCUUCCCUGCAGCUCCAGAACCUCGCUGCUCUUGGGGAGAGGCACCCUGACCUUGUGGUGGAAGUGGCCCAUCCAAAAAUAAUUCAGGAAUCUGGAGCACAAAUCCUGCGCUGUGCCAAUCUCCUGGUGGGAUCCCCUUCAGCCCUGGCUGACCAGGCCACAGAGCACCAGCUCCUGGAGGCCUCGCACCGCUGGAACCACGCUGUGUUUGUGGCCCGGGGGGCCCUGUGGGGCACUGAGGACAUCACCAGAUUGGAUGCAGCUGGGGGCCUCCAGAGUCUUCGUGUCACCAUGGCCACGCACCCCGAUGGCUUCCGGCUAGAGGGACCACUGGCUGCAGUACCCAGCACUGGGCGUCGCACUGUGCUCUAUGAAGGCCCCAUUCGUGGACUCUGCCCCUUUGCCCCCCGCAACUCCAACACCAUGGCGGCUGCCGCACUGGCUGCCCCCAGCCUGGGCUUUGACGGCGUGGUUGGGGUGCUUGUGGCAGAUCUCAGCCUUACAGACAUGCACGUGGUGGACGUGGAGCUGAGUGGACCCCCAGGCCCCACAGGGCGAAGGUUUGCUGUACACACCCACAGAGAGAAUCCUGCUGAGCCCGGCGCUGUCACGGGCUCUGCCACUGUUACCACCUUCUGGCGCAGCCUCCUGGGUGCGGCCCCUCUCCCCAAGCCCUGGGCCCCAUGCUCUGCAGAGCUUGGGUCUCGGGCUGUCUGGCUCUGCAGUUCUGUUUCUGUCUCAGUUGAUUGAUCUUUAUUUCUAUGUCUCCUUCACCUUCUACUCCACGUUUCUGAAUCUUGAUAGAUCUAUCUCUGUCCAAGUCUCCUUUCCCUGAGUUUCUGUAUCCUCCUCUCGCUGGGAGCCUAUAACCUCUCUCACUGUGUGUCUCGGUCCCCCUCCGGGUCUCAGUCCUUCUCUGUCUUCCUCCAUCCCCACCGUGGUCUGUCCCUCCCAUCAGGCGUCUGUCUCUCAUCUCUCGGACCCAGCGUUUCACUCCCUGUAUCUCCCCCGCAGGCUGCUGCCAGCUCCCCUCCAGGCCGGGGAUCCAUCUCUGCUGAGAAGCUGCCUCUUUCCCUAGCGGACACCUUCAUCUCAUUUACGUCCCCCCACCACCGCCCUGGCCUCGGUUACCCCCAACCUCCCUGCUGUCUCAGUAAAUAUUGGAGGCUCUUCUCCCUGCAUGGCCUGA